AUGGGCCUAUACACGGUCAUUGAGGGAAACACUCCUGAUAGUGUGACGGGCUGGUCGAAUUACCAGAAUAAUUCUGGCAAUGAUGUCUUUUACUUCAGUUUCGCCGAACUAGCCAUGCAGAUUGUCCUCUCAGCGGACCAUCAGACCAUGAUUUCAUGCCAAAUCAUUGAUACAUAUAGGCUAUUUUCGAGAAAGUUAAUAGAUCCUCUUCGCCAAGAAGUCCGCUCUAUCAUGAGAACAGCCCUUGGAGACGACUCUUGCCAUGUCAGGGGGUUUGAUCUGCAAAUCGCCAUUCUUCAGAUGUUGGAAGUAAUUCAAGAAUUUGAACUGGCACAACAGUCUUCCAAACCAGAAAAGUACGAGAAAGGUUAUGCAGCAGACGAGGUUUCAGACUGGAACGAAGUUAUCAACAACCCCUUCGGUCUCGAUGUGUCAACCAUCCAAGACACAGCCUAUUCAAUCCUCCAUAAAACACCCGAGGAACUGACAGUUGGUAUCCCCAAAGAAUGGAGAGUCAUUCACAUGGAAUCUGUUCUUCGCCACGAUCUCGUCAGACGCUUCUGGAGCUACCAGGAGUCGCUGGAAACAGACCUGAAAUCCUACGGGACGAGUUUACGAGACAGAAUUCCGCCCCAUUCGAAGCUGGCAGGCCAAGUCCGAGCCCAAAUUAGUCACGAGACUAUUAUCCAGGACAUGACUACUCCUCGUGUGACUUUCCACGGCACUCCUCUUCAGUCAGUAGGAUCGAUUGUCCGCCAUGGCUUCAAGAUGCCUGGCAAAAUAGUCGAAGGGCAAGUCGUCGCCUCUCCUAGAUCGGGCAUAGUAUUCGAUCGAGGAAUCUACUCAUCUCAAGAGGCAUUUUAUGCUAUAUCUUAUGCUCGUGGGCAGAGAGAGAUGACCCCAGUCGGUAUGCUACCUAGUAUGCGGUUAUUUGUCUGCGCUACCAUCAUGGGUAGAACAUAUACCGGGAGUGACGGACGCCAUGGUCCCUUGAUUGAAGGUUAUGACUCACACUUCGAUGGGGGGUUUGAAUACAUCGUCCACAAUGAACGAGCCAUGAUUCCCUGUUACGUCAUUCACCUCGAUCUCGGCUCAGAGGCAGCCAAGCAGGCCCUCAACGACGUACAGACAAACCCUGAGGAUUUCUACAACCUGACCAAGACCAAGAAGCGCCCCGAAGCGAAAAGCACGGCGCCUGGAGAUAUCCAACGUGAGAAGGAAGCUAGAAAAGCGGCAGCUCUGAAGUGGUUCCCUUAUGGCUUUGGCCCUGCUACGGGUACAAGAUUUGUGAUUGAGGAGGUGGGCGAGAUUUCGGAUGAUGAAGAGGAAUACGGAGACUGGCAAGCUGACAAGCAUGGCUAUGUUUCGGACGACGAGGGGUGGGAGUACUAUGAUGAGAAUGGAAAUCUGGUGAAGGAAAAGAGGCGUUUGAUGGAUCAAUAUCAGCAUGCCACGCGGGCACAUAAGUAUAAAAGGGGGCCCUGA